AUGCCCAGCUCUACUGCAAUGGCAAUUGGAGCUCUCUCUAGUUCUCUUCUCGUAACCUGCUGCCUCAUGGUUGCCCUCUGUAGCUCCACCAUACCUGUACAAAAACUGGCCAAGGCUCAAGACAAACAGGAGAUAAAGGCGAGCCAGGAAAAGAGGGAUCACACGUCUGCGAGGGACAGCGAGACAGGCCCAGGGAAAAUGAAUGAGAUCGGCAGGGGGGGGGGGGGGGGGGGGGGGAGGGGGGGGGACUGGAAGAGCAAAGGAAACAGGAACUACUCGAACAAGGAGUCUUGGGCUAAGCAGAAGCAGGCUUGGAACAGCCAAGGGACGAGCAGUAAAUCUGGGAGCAUUCAAGCGCAAGAGCAAAUGGACGCCGCUCCCCAGGAACCUCAGGUGGCUGAAGAUGCGUCUCUCCCAGAAGCUGUUGCGAGUGUCACGCCUGAGCCUCCGGAGGAGUAUGCCUACCCCGACUACCGUGGGAAGGGCUGCGUGGACGAGAGUGGCUUCGUCUAUGCCAUCGGAGAGAAGUUUGCGCCGGGCCCCUCCGCCUGCCCCUGCCUCUGCACCGAGGAGGGCCCGCUGUGCAUACAGCCCGAGUGCCCCAGGCUCCACCCUCGGUGCGUCCAUGUGGACACCACACAGUGCUGCCCGCAGUGCAAGGAGAGGAAGAACUACUGCGAGUUUCGAGGGAAAACCUACCAGACCCUAGAGGAGUUCAUGGUGUCUCCGUGUGAGAAGUGCCGCUGUGAAGCCAACGGUGAAGUGCUCUGCACCGUCUCAGCUUGUCCCCAGACUGAGUGCGUGGAUCCGGUGUAUGAGCCCGAUCAGUGCUGUCCUAUCUGCAAAAAUGGCCCGAACUGCUUUGCAGAAACCAUUGUCAUUCCAGCAGGCCGGGAGGUGAAAACCGAUGAAUGCACUAUAUGUCACUGUACUUACGAAGAAGGCACUUGGAGAAUUGAACGGCAAGCUAUGUGCACUAGACAUGAAUGCAAACAAAUAUAGAAAAUCUACAAAUCUAAGUACUUUUCGUGUUUUUUAUAAAAUAUCUCACAGUGGUGAGCACCCUAGAUGACCCAGGGAAAUCUGAAUGGGAAGAUUCUGGUGAGGAGCAAAGAAUAAAAUACUGAUAUUUUGUUUUUCAAAGUAACAUAAUACUGCAAGGCAAAGAAGUGCAUAUAUUUAAAACGUUUGGACAUAAGAAUAUCUGUCUUAAUAAAUGUGUUAUUUUCACAGUGAGUACACUAAAAUACACUAUAAAAUAUUCUAUGUAUUUCUAUAAUACCAUUAUAGAGCUUAAAAAUAAAUGUUUUAUAUAGACAAUACAGAUUAAAGUAUUGUA